AUGGUCAUAGCGCGCCAAACUACGUUGAUACCUGGAAGACCCUCCGAACCGCGGCAUACGACCAAAUCGAGAUAUAAAACGAGAAUGACAGGCUCUCAUUCUUCACCACAGAGCCCCGACGGUGAUUGUAGAGACCUUUCCCAACAAGAAGAUAAGAAGCAUUGGUCUCGAAAUGGGGAAACUCACGAUGAGGAUCCCUUUGGAGAUGAGCAGAACGGCGAAAUCAGAUAUCGGACUAUGAAAUGGUGGCAGUGCGGCAUGAUCAUGAUUGCAGAAACCGUUUCGCUCGGGAUUCUAUCGCUGCCAUCUGCCGUUGCAGUGUUGGGUCUGGCGCCAGCAACAAUCCUCAUCGUGGGACUUGGCGUUGUCGCAACUUGGACUGGCUACGUGAUUGGUCAGUUCAAACUUCGAUAUCCCCAAGUGCAUAGCAUGGCAGAUGCUGGAGAGGUCCUUUUUGGGCCCAUUGGCUGGGGCAAAUUCGGCCGUGAGUUCCUGGGAACAGCCCAGCUGCUGUUUUUGAUAUUCGUUAUGGGGAGCCAUCUCCUCACUUUCACGGUGAUGAUGGAUACCCUAACAGAUCAUGGCACCUGUUCCAUUGUGUUUGGAAUCGUCGGCCUGAUCCUCUCCUUUACAUUGACCCUGCCUCGCACUCUCCGUAAGGUAUCAUGGUUUUCAAUCGCAUCUUUCAUAAGUAUUGUCUCCGCCCUCCUGAUCACGAUGAUCGUCCUCGCGGUUCAGCGCCCUGGCGACGGUAAGGUUGAGGCAACGACAACAGUCAGUCUCGACAAGGGAUUUUUGGCGGUGACCAACAUUGUGUUUGCCUAUGCGGGACAUGUCGCCUUCUUCGGAUUUAUAUCGGAGAUGGAGACUCCCACUGAUUAUCCGAAGACGCUGUACUUGCUCCAAAUCACUGACACAAGUUUAUAUGUGGUGGCUGCAGUCGUCAUCUACAUCUACGGCGGAAAAGGGGUGCACUCCCCGGCAUUGAGUUCCACCAAGCCUAUAACCGCCAAGGUUGCCUAUGGAAUUGCUAUUCCGACAAUCGUAGUCGCUGGGGUAAUCAAUGGACAUGUUGCGGCGAAGUAUGUGUACGUCCGCCUAUUUCGGGGUACAGACCACAUGCAACGGCGGACAUUCCUUUCGGUGGGAUCAUGGACAGGGAUAACCCUCAUUCUAUGGUUUAUUGCGUGGAUCAUAUCCGAAGCAAUCCCGGUGUUUAACAAUCUUCUAAGUCUGAUCGUGAGUCAAGCUCAGAGAACCACGCGCUAG